AUGGCGAUCAAGCAUAACCAGACCAUCCCGAAAAACCAUUUCCACAAGGACUGGGCUCGCCGCGUUCGGGUACACUUCGAUCAGCCCGGUCGUAAGCACCGUCGCCGGGAGACUCGUCUCGUGAAGGCUGCUGCCGUCGCUCCCCGCCCAGUCGACAAGCUCAGACCCAUCGUGCGAUGCCCCACUGUUAAGUACAACCGUCGUGUCAGAGCUGGCCGUGGCUUCACACUUCAAGAGCUGAAGGAAGCCGGAAUUCCUCGCAACCUGGCACAGACCAUUGGCAUUGCCGUUGACCACCGACGCGUCAAUGCCUCCACUGAAUCCCUCACUGCCAACGUCGCCCGCCUAAAGGAGUACAAGGCUCGCCUGAUCCUCUUCCCCCGUCGUGCCGGUCAACAUAAGAAGCUCGACUCGUCCGCAGACGAAAUCAAGGCUGCCCAGGAUAGCUUCUCCAAGAGCAUCGAGUCCCUUCUCCCAAUCAGCAACAUCAGCCGUGCUGAGGCCAUCUCGGAAAUCAGCAAGAACGACCUCCCAGCCGGUGAGGCUGCUGCAUAUCGGCGACUCAGAGACGCACGGAGUGAGGCUAGGCUAGUGGGCGUAAGAGAGAAGAGGGCUAAGGCUAAGGCUGAUGAGGCUGCUGCGACAAAGAAAUAG